GCCAGACCGCCCUGCACAUUGCCAUCGAGCGCCGCUGCAAGCACUACGUGGAUCUCCUGGUGGCCCAGGGAGCCGAUGUCCACGCCCAGGCCCGGGGGCGCUUCUUCCAGCCCAAGGAUGAGGGCGGCUACUUCUAUUUUGGGGAGCUGCCUCUGUCACUGGCUGCCUGCACCAACCAGCCCCACAUCGUCAACUACCUGACCGAGAACCCCCACAAGAAGGCAGACAUGCGGCGCCAGGACUCUCGCGGCAACACGGUGCUGCACGCCCUGGUGGCCAUCGCCGACAACACCCGUGAGAACACCAAGUUUGUCACCAAGAUGUAUGACCUCCUGCUGCUCAAGUGCGCCCGCCUCUUUCCCGACAGCAACCUGGAGGCCGUGCUCAACAACGACGGCCUCUCGCCCCUCAUGAUGGCCGCCAAGACGGGAAAGAUCGGG